AGAAAAGAAGAAAAGGGUGCGGUGGCCAGGCAGGAGGAAGUGAGCGCGCUCUCUGUUAUUGCUGCGCAGCCGCUUGCGGGUGGGGCGGCCAGGUGAGCCCGAGAUGCUGCUGCGCUCCAAGCCGGGGCUGCUCCUGCUGCUCCUGGGGCCGCUCGGUCCUCUCUCCCAGGGCGCCCUGGCGGGACCCCGGCAGGCCAAGGACAUCGUGGAGCUGGACUUCUACACUGAGCGGCCACUGCACCUGGUGAGUCCCGCGUUCCUGUCCUUCACCAUCGACGCCAACCUGGCCACCGACCCGCGGUUCCUCACCUUCCUGGGUUCUCCAAAGCUUCGUACUUUAGCCAGAGGUUUGUCUCCUGCAUACUUGAGAUUUGGUGGCACCAAGACAGACUUUCUAACUUUUGAUCCCAAGAAGGAACCAACCUUUGAAGAGAGAAGUUACUGGCAAUCUCAAGUCAACCAGGAUAUUUGCAAAUCUGGUUUACUCCUUUCUGAUGUGAAGAAAAGGCUACAGUUGGAAUGGCCUUUCCAGGAGCAGUUGCUACUCCGAGAACAAUAUCAGAAAAAGUUCAAGAGCAGCACCUACUCAAAAAGUUCAGUGGAUAUGCUGUAUAGUUUUGCAAAUUGCUCAGGACUGAACUUGAUCUUUGGUCUAAAUGCAUUACUAAGAACAGCAGAUUUGCAGUGGAAUAGUUCUAAUGCUCAGUUGCUCCUGGACUACUGUUCUUCCAAAAGUUAUAACAUUUCUUGGGAACUAGGCAAUGAACCUAACAGUUUCUGGAAGAAGGCUGGUAUUUACAUUGAUGGAUUACAGUUAGGAGAAGAUUUUAUUGAGCUGCAUAAACUUCUGGUAAACUCCACUUACAAAAAUGCAAAACUCUAUGGUCCUGAUGUUGGUCAGCCUCGAGGAAAGACAGUUAAAAUGCUGAGGAGUUUCCUGAAGGCUGGUGGAGAAGUGAUUAAUUCAGUUACAUGGCAUCACUACUAUUUGAAUGGACGCAUUGCUACCAAAGAAGAUUUUCUAAACCCUGAUGUGCUGGACACUUUUAUAUUAUCCGUGCAAAAAAUCUUCCAGGUGGUUAAGGAGACCAGACCCAGCAAGAAGGUCUGGUUAGGAGAAACGAGCUCUGCGUAUGGGGGUGGUGCGCCCUUGCUGUCCAACACCUUUGCAGCUGGCUUUAUGUGGCUGGAUAAACUGGGCCUAUCAGCCCAAAUGGGCAUAGAAGUGGUGAUGAGGCAGGUGCUCUUUGGAGCUGGAGACUACCACUUAGUGGAUGAAAACUUCGAACCUUUGCCUGAUUAUUGGCUAUCUCUUCUCUUCAAGAAAUUGGUGGGCACCAGUGUGUUCAUGGCAAGUGUGAAAGGCCCAGACAGAAGCAAAGUUCGAGUGUACCUUCAUUGCACAAACACCAACCACCCAAGGUAUAAAGAAGGAGAUUUAACUCUGUAUGCCUUAAACCUCUAUAACGUUACCAAGCGCUUGCAGUUACCAUAUAACUUAUUUAAUAAACAAGUGGAUAAGUACCUUGUAAAACCUUCAGGACCUGAUGGAUUACUUUCCAAAACGGUUGAACUCAAUGGUCAAACUCUGAAGAUGUUGGAUGAGCAAACACUGCCAGCUUUGACAGAAAAACCUCUCCGCCCAGGAAGUUCCCUAGGCUUGCCACCUUUCUCUUAUGGGUUUUUUGUGAUAAGAAAUGCUAAAGUGGCUGCUUGUUUAUGAAAAGGAAAAGCAGAUACUAGCCCUGCAAGUAAAUAUUUCAAUUAUAAUUGAUAAUGGCUGGGGGUGUAGCUCAGUAGUAGUGUGCUUGCUGAGCAUGCACAAACCCCGGUGUCACCGACCAAAACAACCAACAAAAAAUUAAGCGUAUUGAUGAGUAAAGCAAAACUCAAGUUGCAGCAAGGCAAGAAGAUUCAUUACAAAUCACUAGUGGGAGCUCCAGAGACACUGGGACACUAUGCUAGUUUAGCAUAGUAUUUUGAUCUAAGUAGAGCACCGCUAAUAAUAAUAACUAAUAAUACCAUGUGCCAAACACUAUGCUUAGCACACUGCAUGUACUAUUUUUAAGGUUUUUUUUUUUUUUUUUUUUU